GAAAGACGAAGUUGGUUCUUUCAGCCAGGAGAAUGAAAAGGCGGCUACCACCAGAAUUUCAUGCUAACAGACGUAGAAGGAUUGAAGAACAAACCUUAUCGCUCGAAGCGCCUUCAUCUUCCCAGGCUGACAGUGUUUCAGCAGAUGCCAUUUCUGUAUCCACUGAGAACUUUCAACCCAGUGCAACGUCAACUCCUAAAGGAAAGAAGAGAAGACCACACAACAGAAAAGUACCAGUGCAUUUGAUGAAAUGGAGAUUACAGCAAAAGAAAUCUAAAGGAGAAGAAAAAUCUGGGCCAUCAACAUCUUCUUCCACCUUAGAGUCAAAUCUAAAAAAGCGUCCUUGAUGGCACCUCUGAUUUUGCUACAAUUGUGCCACCAUUCCCCUCAAUUGGUCUACAACCAGC